GCCUGUCCCACUUUGGUCUCUGCCCUUCACUGGUUUGCCUGCCUGACAUCCUAACUCCAUUUCCUUUCUUAAAAAAUUAGCCUGCGUAAUGUCUUUCAGGGUCAAAACUACCUCCUACAGGAGCGCUUCUCCUGGAAACUUCAGCAGCAGCUCCUACGCUGGAUCUGCUGGAGGCUUCAGCUCCCGUAGGUCCUACAAAUCCUACGGCGGCGGCUUUGGAGGCGCAGGAAUGACCAGCAGCUCUGCGUACAGUGUCGGCUCCAGCAUGGGCGGUGCAGGAGGUUUGGGUAUGGGCUAUGGAGGGGCCAUGGCCCCCCUCACUGCCGUCAGCGUGAACAAGAGUCUUCUGGCCCCUCUGAACCUCGAGAUUGACCCCACAAUCCAACAUGUCCGCACCAAAGAGAAAAACGACAUCAAGGGCCUCAACAAUCGCUUUGCCUCCUUCAUUGACAAGGUCCGUUUCCUGGAGCAGCAGAACAAAAUGCUGGAGACCAAAUGGAGCCUGCUCCAGGAACAGACCACCAUCCACUCCAACAUCAGCUCGAUGUUCGAGGCCUACAUCACUAACCUGCGCAAACAGCUGGAUGGGCUCGGCAACGACAAGAUCAAACUGGAGGGCGAGCUGCACAACAUGCAGGGCCUGAUGGAGGACUUCAAGAACAAGUAUGAAGAUGAAAUCAACAAGCGCACAGAGUGUGAGAACGACUUUGUCCUUGUCAAGAAGGAUGUGGAUGAGGCCUACAUGAAUAAGGUUGAGCUGGAGGCAAAGCUGGACAGUCUGACGGAUGAGCUCAACUUCCUCAGGUCGAUCUACGAGGAGGAACUGCGUGAGCUCCAGAGCCAGAUCAAGAACACCUCAGUCAUUGUGGAGAUGGACAACAGGCGCAACCUGGAUAUGGAUGCUGUGGUGGCUGAGGUCAAGGCGCAGUAUGAGGAUAUUGCCAAACGCACCCGUGCUGAGGCAGAGACAUGGUACAAGACCAAGUACGAAGAGAUGCAAACCUCUGCCAACAGAUUCGGAGAUGACUUGCGAGCUACCAAAACAGAGAUCUCCGAACUCAACCGCACGAUCCAGAGACUCACAGCAGAAAUUGACGCCAUCAAGGGACAGUGCACCAACCUGGAGGCACAGAUUGCCGAGGCUGAGGAGCGCGGCGAGCUGGCGGUGAAGGACGCCAAGGCCCGCAUCAAGGAUCUGGAGCAGGCACUGCAGAGAGCCAAGCAGGACAUGGCCCGCCAGAUCAGAGAGUACCAGGACCUGAUGAACGUCAAGCUGGCUUUGGACAUCGAGAUCGCCACCUACAGGAAGCUGCUGGAGGGAGAGGAGGACAGACUGGCAAGCGGCAUCAAGGCCAUCAGCAUCUCCAAACAGAGAACAAGUUACGGCGGCGGCCCCAUGGACAGCAUGAGUGGCAGCUACUCCAGCGGAUACAGCAGCUACUCCAGUGGAGGCUACGGCAGCUCUGCUGGCGGCUACAGCACCACCACCAAGAAAAACGUCAUUGUCAAAACCAUUGAGACCAAUGAUGGCAAACUAGUGUCUGAGUCCUCCAAUAUCAUUGAGAAAUGAGCUGCCUAGAUUAGAGGUGCAGUUACGGCCAAAAUAGUUCAUACUGCUGGCAGAUUUCACUUUAGUUUUUUUUCUGAUAGGGAAUGAGACAGAUAUCGCUCCAAAAGUAACAAAACAUAAAAGUAGAAUCAGCUUUGAAAAAAAAAAAAAUUCCAAAGCCAGAGUAAUUAAAAAAAUAUUGUGUCAAGUAUUAUUUAUUCCCUUUGCAAUAAUGGAAAAUCUUUAUUGCCAUUGUAACAAUCAAACCCUUCAUUUAUGUUCUGGCUUCUGCCUGCUUGUUUCCACCGGCAGGUUGACGAUUUCGCUGCAAAAUCAUAAAAUCUU